AUCGUUCAGUCCAUUAGUAUCAUCCGUAGGUGUAGCAACUCCAGCAUAACACCGCAAUCCAGUACUGUCGUUGGAACGUGUAAGAACAGAGUUAUCUUAGUUUUAUCGUCCUCUCCUAACCGACAACAUGUCGGUGAAAUAACACAAGAAUGGCCGAGCAACCGGGCACCGAUGACGGAAUGCUGACUUCGCCCACCAUUCUCCGCGAUUUCGCCGCGGAUUUUAGCGCCGCUGGGCCCGGGGACGUCAGCGACAUGGACUCGGCGGACGGAGUCGAGGACGUGUCCCUGGAGGACAUCCUGUCCCUGUACAGCCAGCCCAUCAACGAGGAGCAGGCCUGGGCCGUAUGCUACCAGUGCUGCCGGAGUCUGGGGCAGAAGAGACCGCGGCGGAAAGGCUCCAAGUCCGCCGCUGCGGACUACCCGCGGCCGGUCCAGGGACCCGGGGAUGUGAGGAUCUGCAGGGACGGCACGGUGAAACUGGACCUUGAACGUAGCACAGAUAAAUAUGGCUCGGCCCCCACGUCAUUAGAGGUUAUCGACUCGCUGGGCGUCAUGAUCUACAAAGCCCUGGACUUCGGGCUGAAGGAGAACGAGGAGCGCGAGCUGAGCCCACCGCUGGAGCGCCUCAUCGACAUGAUGACCAACACGCAAGAAGAGGAGAGCGACCCCUGCCCUGAUGAGGGCUACGAGGCCACAGAGGAGGAGGAAGAGGAGGAGGAGGAGCGGGCUGUGACUGAUUUACCCUCCGGCGCCAUCAGCCAAAUACGAAGCUAUCGCGACAUCAUCACGCUAUGUUCCUCACACCUCCCGAGCCCCUCGGACGCCCCGGACCACUACCAGGCAGUGUGCCGCGCCCUCUACGCAGAGUCCCGGGAACUCAGCACCUUCCUGCAGAAGAUCAAAAGUGCCAAGGAGAAUCUUCGCAAAAUGGAAGGCGAGGCCCAGGGGGACCCCGUUAAAGACCUGGACGAGCUGCAAAACGCGGACUGGGCGCGCUUCUGGGUGCAGGUGAUGCGGGACUUGCGCCACGGUGUGAAGCUGAAGAAGGUGCAGGAGCGCCAGUACAACCCGUUGCCCAUCGAGUACCAGCUGACGCCGUACGAGAUGCUGAUGGAUGACAUCCGCUCCAAACGCUACAAGCUUCGCAAAGUCAUGGUGAACGGUGACAUUCCUCCCAGGCUGAAGAAGAGCGCCCAUGAGGUCAUCCUGGAAUUCAUCAGGUCACGACCUCCGCUCAAUCCUGUGUCUGCACGCAAGCUGAAGCCACACCCACCCCGACCACGCAGCCUCCAUGAGCGCCUGCUGGAGGACAUCAAGGCAGAGAGGAAGCUCAGGCCCGUGUCCCCUGACAUGACCCGCAGGACCCGUCUGGCCAUGCGUCCUCUUAGCAUGUCUUACAGCUUUGACUCGGCAGGUGCUGGGAAAAGCAUGAGCACACCUCAGGAUUUAUGCCGCAGCUCAGACACUCCAGACACUCCCAGGAAGUUGGCAGUCAGCACCCAGUCUCUGGUGAGAGGCACGGCGGCGUCGGGUCCGAGUGGAUCAAACCAACUCAGCCAAAGGAAAAGAUUACUCAGAGCGCCGACCCUCGCUGAACUAGACAGCUCCGAAUCUGACAUUGAGGAGAGUACACGCAGUAGUUCCUUGAUGGAUAUAUCUCCAGAGUCGGUGAAAGGCAAGAAAACUCUCCCGGCGUUCCUGCCGGUGUCGGCCCCCCCUCAGCCGGAGAAGCGUCAGUCUUCUCAGAGGCGGCACUCCAUCGAGAAGGAGGCGCCCGCCAGCGUGCGACGCUUCGUACCGCCGUCCAGACAAAGCUCAAAGUCUCUGCUGAUGGACAACGGCGGCAAGGAGGAGUUCUGCUUCCCGGUGGAGUGUCUGGCGCUGACGGUGGAAGAGGUGAUGCACAUCCGCCAGGUCCUGGUCAAAGCCGAGCUAGAGAAGUUCCAGCAGUACAAAGACGUCUACACCGCCCUCAAGAAAGGGAAGCUUUGUUUCUCAUGUCGGACCAAACGCUUCUCCCUCUUCACCUGGUCGUACACCUGCCAGUUCUGCAAGAGGCCCGUGUGCUUCCAGUGCUCCACCAAGAUGCGGCUGCCGUCCAAGCCCUACUCCACCUUGCCGAUCUACACGUUGGGCCCCGGCGUCGCGGUCAAGGACGACGACAGCAGAGGAGCUUCCGGCUUGGCCGAGGCGUCCAAGCAGCCGUUCGGUUCAGCGCAGAACCGCAGCAGCCUGCGCAGGAGCGUCUCCAAGUUCUCCAAGUCAGGCAAAGACGAGGAAACCCGGGACGAGCCGGCACUGCCCAAGGAGCUGACGGAGGACUGGGCGGCCAUGGAGGUGUGCGUGGACUGCAAGAAGUUUGUGACGGAGAUCAUCUCGUCCAGCAAGCGCAGCCUGUGUGUGGCCACCAAGCGCGUGCGCCUCGACCACCAGAGCCAGCCCUUCUACAUGACCUCCUCCAGCUCCAUCAACUUCAGGCCCUCGGAGCUCACCAUCAACGAGGCGUAGGCCGCCAGCAGAAGAUCCCCGUUUGCUCAGGAGAAGUUUGCGCCUCCCGUCCCAAGCUGAGAAUGUACAACUGCUUGAAUGAAGGAAGCCCCGCCUCCACAAGAAUGGCCGCCACAUUGUAAAUAGUCCAGUCCCGAUGCCAGCG